CGUCCAAUCACCUAACAUCUCUUCUAUAAAACAAAUCCCGACUUUUACCCAUUUUUGAUCCUUAUUAUCGAUCGGGAUAUCUCUCGUUCCUACCAAAAUACCUCCCCUUAUCUGCUUUACAUUUUCAAUUCCAUUCUUUAUUCUUUCAAUUCUAUCUAUCUUCUUUUCUUUGAUCCCGAUUUUAUCAUUAGCCGUCCCUUGUAUCGUAUCCUAGGGUUAGGGUUUUCGAAAUCUUUUAAGUUCUUCCGAUUUAGCUAUAUUUUUUUUUUUCCUAGAUCCAUAAAUCGAAGCUUGUAAACUAGUUUGCUUGAUCCAGGGUUAUCUGGGUCGGUUCAAUUUUUCGGUAUUCUUUUUAAAUUUUGGAAUUUUCUUUUGCCUCGGUGACAAGAUUACUCUGUUUUUACUAUUUUUUGUGGAUUGUUUUGGGAGACCCUGCUGUAUUUUCUACCUCUUUUACUGUUAGAAAUCAGCAUCUAAAGCUUUACAUUAAUUUCGGAUCCAGGACUUGUUUUUUUUUUUUGUAAUAAUUAGGGUUUCCUAAUUGGGCGUUCGUUUCAUUUUAACUUAUUUUCUCCUUCAGUAAGCCGCCGUCAAUUUGGUUGGAGAUUAUUAGGAUAACAUGAUUCACAAACGACCUUUCAUUGAUGAGGGCACUGAUGAAGUUGCUUUUAAGCACCCAAGACAUUGGGAAAAUACAAAUCACCUUUCUUUUUCAGAAGUUGCUCCUCUGAAUGAUCUUCACGAGAAGCUUAGUACUUCAGGUGAUGAAAAUUUUGGUAAAAGUCGAGUUGGAGGAAGGAUUGUAGAUGAUUCCGUCAAUAAGUUAUUUAAUGGACUGGACAAGGAACUUGAAACAGGCACUUCUGGCCGCAUUUCCCACUUUUGGUGGGUAGACAGCAAUGUUAGUCAUGAGGAUUCUGUGUCAGAUGCUGCAGUUCAUCUGUCACUCUUUCCAGAAUAUUUUGCACCUGCCAACCAGCUAAGGGCCUUCUUGCAUUCAGAUGAGAUGUAUUCGUCUCUCCUUGAUUCUCCUUCUCCAAGGCUAGUUCUGGUUGGACCAGAGCAUCAAGCUGAUAUUCCUGACUGGGAUCCACUGGGUGUAAAUAGCUCUGCAGAUCUAAAGGAGUUAGAUUGUCAAGUUGCGCAAUCAUUGAAAUCAGGUUUCAUGGCUGAAAACAGAAAUGAGACAGAGCUGAUGGGUAUUUGUGUCAUUCCAAUAUCUGAAGUAUCUGCAAACCUUGAAAAGGAGGAAAAUAGGACAAACUGUAAGUGCCUUGACCAAGGUUCUAUCAGAUGUGUCCAACAACAUGUCAUGGAAGCAAGAGAAAAUCUAAGGAUAGAGCUUGGGCAGGAGACUUGAGAGUUGGGUUUUGGUGACAUGGGAAAGGAGGUUGCAAAGAAAUGGACUGAAGAAGAAGAGCUAAAAUUCCACAAAGUUGUGCUCUCCAACCCUGUGACAUUGGGUAAGAAUUUCUGGGAUAACCUCUGAAGUUUUCCAGAUCGAACAAAGAGGGAUUUUGUCAGCUAUUACUUUAAUGUCUAUAUGCUUCGGAAACGUGCGGAACAGAACCGAUUUGACCCACUAAACAUUGAUAGUGACAAUGAUGAGUGGCAGGUAACUGAAGAUAGAGUAGCGGAGGAUGAAGAGGAUUCUGUGGUGGAUUCUCUAACAAGCCAAGAUGGACCUGCUUGUUAUAGAAAGGACCAAACGGAAGAUUGCCUUGAAGACAUUGAGAAUGAGGGUGAGGUUGAUGUUCAUCAAGGUGACGUCGAGACUGGCAUUUGUAGGUUUAGAACUUAUGAAGAAGAUGAGGGAGAUGUAGAUGAUAUCUCAGGGGCACCUGUAAAAAGCAUAAUGGUUGAUAGCUCUCAUGAUAUUAAGUACAAAGUUUUGGAUAAGAUUCAAGGCAGUGGCAGUGACGACAAUGAUUUUCAGGAUGACUCAUGCACAUCAUAUGAGUUUCAGGAGGAAAAGGUUGUUCGCUGUGGUCCGCCAUGUAUGUGUACCGAUACCAGAGAGCCAAGUGAAUUAUGAAUGACUGCAAAUAAUACUGUUAAGAAGAUUGGCUUGGCAUGGUGAAAUAGAUUGUUAUACUAUAUAAAUGACUUUCCAUGGAAAACUUCAUUUUCUAUAGAAAGUAAGUACUGAAUGUAUUAUUACAGAAGGUGGUCAGUUUCGCAGAAUGUCCUUAAAAUCUGGUGUCUGCAGUGUCGUCACCAGCAAGAGGCAUUUCUCUAUUCCCCCCUUUUCGCAAGCAGUGGUUUUUUUCGGGGGUACAGUAUACUUUUCUCUGAUAGUCUGGUGUGUAUACAAUCAAAAGCAAUGGGGUUGCUAGGGGAGUGAGUUCUUCAAAUCUCGGGUUUUCGAUAAUUAUUUAUAGGAAAAUCCAAGUGAAAAUUUCUUUAUUCCUUUUUUCUUUCUCUCUUUUCAUCUGUUCUGAGAUUAUAUUUCUUGUGUUAGUAAUGUAUUAGUUUUGGCAAAGAUGGCUUUGCUACCCAUGUAAUAUUAAAUUAUUGAACUCUCUCAUUGAGUGCCAUUGUGUUUGAGCAUUAGCUUUCAUGUACGGAUAAUUCAACAAAUUUCAUAUGGCUCUUGUGAUA